CCCAAAAGCCCCAGCAUUUCUUUUCAUUUCGCACACUCACACCCUUCACAUCUUUUCACAUAGUAUACUCUAACGUCAUUCAAAUUUGUCGUUUUCUUUCUUUGUGAAUAGUCUCAUUGUCCCGUGCCAAACCUAAACACCGGAUACAUCGAAAUGGCCAGCCAAGACUACUACAACCAGGGUGGCAACUACAACCAGAACUACGGCCCUCCCCAAGGAGGAUACCCUCAGCAGCCUCAGCCUUCCUACGGCCCUCCUCAAGGAGGCUACCCGCAACAGCAUGGCGGCGGCGGCUACUAUCCUCAAGGUGGCCAGCCCCCGAUGCAGUACCAGCAGCAACCUCCCAUGCAGGCGCCUAAACAGAAGAAGCAGGGCGGCGGCAACUGCCUGACGGCCUGCCUCGCCGCUCUGUGCUGUUGCUGCGUCAUUGACGAGACAUGCGAAUGCUGCGCCGAAUGUUGCGAAUGCUGCUUCGAAAUCUGCUAAAUUGCCCACACUGUCCGAGAGAGAGACAGAGAGAGAGAGAGAGUGUGUGUGUGUGAUGUCGACAUUUCCGACAUGCUUACGAUGUCAAAGUUAAAAGGUCUGUGGCCCCUCUCCCUGAGUGUGGG